ACCUCAGAGCCUGGCUGGCUCCCUCAAGUCCCCGCCCACCCGGAAACAGCUUCGCUCCGCCCCGCAGGGGAUCGGUCCCAGCUGCGGCGUGCGGCCCAAGACACCUCCCGCGGUCCAGGCCCGCUUUCCCGAUGGCCCGCUACGAGGAGGUGAGCGUGUCCGGCUACGAAGAGUUCAUACAGGCUGUGAAGCAGCACAAUGGCAAGACCAUUUUCGCCUACUUUUCCGGUUCUAAGGACGCCGAAGGGAAAAGCUGGUGCCCCGACUGCGUGCAGGCUGAACCAGUUGUACGAGAGGGGCUGAAGCAUACUGUUGAAGGAUGUGUGUUCAUCUACUGCCAAGUAGGAGAAAGACUUUAUUGGAAAGAUCCAAAUAAUGACUUCAGGAAAAAGUUGAAAUUAACCGCAGUGCCUACACUACUUAAAUAUGGAACACCUCAAAAACUGGUAGAAUCUGAGUGUCUUCAGACCAACCUCGUGGAGAUGUUGUUCUCUGAAGAGUAAGAUUUGAUGAUGGCAAUUGUGUCUCGAUUUCCUGAUUUGCUCUAGUAUAAAAGAAACUGCUUUGAAUUCAUGUUAGCAAUAAAUAAAUGAUGAUUAAAAGAAAAACUGUGUAUGUCUAAAUAAUAAAGAGUACAAUUAAAAUGCUCAUGAA